GCAGGCACUGGAUCCUGCUGACCCUGGUUACCGUCACCAAACCUGCUCUGCUCCUCUUGCAUGGACAAAAAAAGAAAUACGCUACAACCUCCCAGCAACAAUUGCUUCUCUCGUGCUGCCUCCAGCAGGAAACUCACUUAAUGUUAUCUGCACUACCUUGAACAACUGCCCAAAACGUACUGCGUGUUGUUUUAAACUCUGGGGGCUCCGAGGGAAACAAAGCGCAGUCAGCAAGAUGAGCGGGGUUUGUUUCACAGACCGUGAUUUCCGCAGUUAAAUGUUCCCAUUCAAGGCUCCGGUGACCUGCAGCAGCUCCGGAGAGCCGGGGCAGGGCCCGGGCUGGGCUGGAGCCCCGGACAUGGCCCCUGCAGAGCCGGGGAGGGGACAACGCCGUGUCCUGGCCAUGGGCUGCCCCAGGGCUGUCUGUGUGUCCCGAGUCUGUCCUGUCUGUGUGUCCCGGGGCUGUCUGUCCUGGGUUUGUCCUGUGUCUGUGUGUCCCGGUGCUGUCCUGGGUCUGUCUGUCCCGGGUCUGUGUGUCCCUGGUCUGUCUGUCCUGGAUCUGUGUGUUCCAGGCCUGGCCGUCCUGGGGCUGUCUGUCUAUCCCAUGUCUGUCUAUCCCGGGUCUGUCUGUCUAUCCCGGGUCUGUCUGUCUAUCCCGGGUCUGUCUGUCCUGUGUCUGACUGUCUAUCCCAGGUUUGUCUAUCCCAGAUCUGUCUGUCUAUCCCGGGUCUGUCUGUCUAUCCCGUAUCUGUCUAUCCUGGGUCUGUCUGGCUGUCUAUCCCGUAUCUGUCUAUCCUGUGUCUGUCUGUCUAUCCCGUGUCUGUCUGUCUAUCCAGGUCUGUCUGUCUAUCCCAGGUCUGUCUAUCCCGGGUGUCUGUCUUCUAUCCCGGGUCUGUCUGUCUAUCCCGGGUCUGUCCGUCUAUCCCGGGUCUGUCUGUCUAUCCUGUGUCUGUCUAUGCCACGUCUGUCUGUCUAUCCAGAUCUGUCUGUCUAUCCCGGGUCUGUCUGUCUAUCCCGGGUCUGUCUGUCUGUCCCGUGUCUGUCUGUCUAUCCCGGGUCUGUCUGUCUAUCCCAGGUCUGUCUAUCCCGUGUCUGUCUAUCUCGUGUCUGUCUAUCCCGUGUCUGCCUGUCUAUUCCACUCUGUCUAUCCCGUGUCUGCCUGUCUAUUCCAGUCUGUCUAUCCCGGGUCUGUCUGUCUAUCCUGGGUCUGUCUAUCCCGGGUGUCUGUCUGUCUAUCCCAGAUCUGUCUGUCUAUCCCGGGUCUGUCUGUCUAUCCCGUAUCUGUCUAUCCUGGGUCUGUCUAUCCCGGGUGUCUGUCUGUCUAUCCCAGAUCUGUCUGUCUAUCCCGGGUCUGUCUGUCUAUCCCGUAUCUGUCUAUCCCGGGUCUGUCUGGCUGUCUAUCCCCUGUCUGUCUGUCUAUCCCGUGUCUGCCUAUUCCAGUCUGUCUAUCCCGGGUCUGCCUGUCCCAAGUCCCCCUCAGCCCCACCCUGGGCCGUGCCCUCCCUCACGAACUCUCGCGGGAUCCUCCGCGGAGGGAGAGGCCUCGCGUGCGUGCGCGCGCGCGCGGCCCGCGGCGUUCUCGCGAGAGCCCCUGCGCGCGGCGCCGGGGCACCCCCGUGCCGAGCGGAGCCGCGAGAGGGGCCGGCCGCCAUUUCGGGAGCAGCCGCAGCCGGGGCCUUUUCCCCCGGCACCGCCACCGGCACCGCCACCCAGCAGGCCCCACCGCCCCCCACAGCGACGCCCCCCACAGCGCCGCCGGGCCGCCCGUCGCGGGUUCAGACGCCUGGAGAGGGCGCCUGAGCCCUCGGGCCCACCUUCCCCCUCCCCCACACACACCCCGCUACCAGCGCAGUGA